UAUAGUGCUAACCUGAUCUCUCACUCUGUCUGACACACAAUACACACCCUUUAGCUGCUGGGAGUGGCGUUCCUGUCCGUGGCUCUGUGGGCCUGGAGUGAGAAGGGUGUCCUCUCCAACAUAUCCUCCAUCACAGACCUGGGUGGGUUUGACCCAGUGUGGCUGUUUCUUGUGGUUGGAGGGGUGAUGUUCGUGCUCGGGUUCGCAGGAUGCAUCGGUGCUCUGAGGGAAAACUCCUUUCUUCUUAAGUUUUUUUCCGUUUUUCUGGGAAUCAUAUUUUUCCUGGAGUUGACAGCGGGAGUCUUGGCGUUUGUCUUUAAGGACUGGAUUAAAGACCAGCUCAAGUUCUUCAUCAACAACAAUAUUCGAGCAUACAGAGACGACAUUGACUUACAGAAUCUUAUUGAUUUCACGCAAGAUUAUUGGGAGUGUUGUGGAGCUUUUGGGCCUGAAGAUUGGAAUCUGAAUAUUUACUUUAAUUGUACGGACACCAAUCUGAGCAGAGAGAAAUGUGGGGUUCCCUUUUCCUGCUGCACCAAGGACCCUGCUGAGGAUGUAAUCAACACUCAGUGUGGAUAUGACAUUCGAGCGAAAGGCGACAACGAACAGAAGAUGUUUAUACACACGAAAGGAUGUGUGCCGCAGUUUGAAAAAUGGCUACAGGAGAAUCUAACCGUAGUUGCCGGAAUCUUCAUAGGAAUUGCACUUCUGCAGAUUUUUGGGAUCUGUCUGGCACAGAAUCUACUGAGUGACAUUGAGGCGGUCAGGGAGAGCUGUUUGUUUACCUGAAGCACUUGAGCCGUUCUGCAGACAGAGCCUCCAUCUCUCUGUCACUCAGCAACAGGGUUUGCAUUGUCAUCACAGUCUCCUAGCAACCAGUGAGGGAUUCCAUUCACAUACCUCCUUUAUUGCAUUGUACAUCGACAUCUUCACGUUUCCAUCAUAAUGGUGUGUUUUUAAUCCUUCUUCAAAUAUCACACAACGAAAAUCUCAACAGUAUUAACGUGUUGAAUCUACAUACAACUAAUUUGUCUUCCUUAAGACCAUCCAUAACGUAACAAGAAACACUAUAGGCCACUUGCAUAUGGGUCUGUAUGAUUAUGCUGAAUGGACAUUUAAAUAUUAUAAAAUGUGUUUGUCAGUGCUAAGAGAAUAGUUAUAUUGGUAGCUGAAAACAUGAUCAGAUUA